AUGGAGAACUUGUCGUUUCUUCCGCCACGCCUAACAUCGUCGGCAUCGUCAUGUUCGUCUCUGCAGGACAUGUCCUCGUCGAGAAAUCGCAAGUUGCACCUGCUCGUGGCCGCUACCGGACCCCGCGAUACAUCAUGGGCCCAAGCGCUCGUCGUGCGACUGUCCAAGAAUCCCCAUAUCGAAAUGCGAGCCAUUGUCGACGAUGUUGUCCCCCGACUUACCCAGACCAUCAUUGUCAUGGAAAAUCGGAGCCUUGCCACGGGACAAGGCGAACGCGCCGACGACGUCGAGUUCUUCCGCCAGCAAGCCUUCGAACUAGUCGAUUGGGCCGACUUGUUAGUCUGCGUUCCUCUGGACGCAGAUGGGAUUGCCAAGAUGCUGGCCGGUAUUGCCGACACCUUUCUGGGCGAAGUACUGCGAGGAUGGAAUAUUCAAAAGAGCGUCGUGCUGGUUCCGGGCAUGAGCACACACAUGUGGUCUAACCCGGCGACAAAAAGACAACUCAGUAAAAUACACAGAAAGUGGAAUUGGAUUCGAGUCAUGACGCCGAUUCUAUGGCAUUACGAGGGGCAGAUGAAUCCCAAGAGGGUGCCCAACUGGAAUGGGUUCAACGAGGUGCUUGGAAUAAUUAAAAAUCAAGCCGAUUUACUGGGCCUUGGUCGAGAUGUCGAAAUAGCCACUGGAACUGUCGUUGUCCCCGAUACGAAUGUUCAAAUUCGCUCGAAACUACCGCCCGAAAUAUGGACAAUGGUCCUCGACCAAGCUGGUGACUGGGAACUCGCCAAAGCACUCGGCAUGUAUACCAAUCUUCCCAUGCCAACUGCCUGGUCCCUCGAACCCAAGGAUCCUUCUGUUCCCCUCAAAGUAUACGAGCACGAGCUUGAAUGGACAGCACUUACGGGAAACUCGGCAGCUAUAUGCAAAAAAUUAUCACAAUCCCCGCCCAACUUUCGAGAUGUGCCCGCCUUGGUUGUCAAACUCAUUAUCCGCUUCGCUCUUAUUGAUGUCCUGGCUUACAUGGAGGCAAACCGGCCAGACCUAUUUAGAGCCUUUGACGGAACCACGCUCCCCACCAAUGCUUCAGCAUACUACCCACGAACAGAUGUUCUCGAUUUUUGGAAGCAAAGCAAAUGGUUCCGCGACGAACACAUGUACGAUGCAGAAGCCGUGGAUGGAGCGUCAAAGAACGGCCACGUCCGUAUCCUGGACUGGUGGUGGCGCCGCUCCGGCCUCCCCCUGCGGUACACAGAAACAGCGCUUGAACAAGCCAGCGGUCGCGGACACUUACUCGUCCUCGAAUGGUGGCGUGAUGCCGCGGCUCAAGACGAAGAAAUUGUUCUCCGUCCCGGCCGCUCUCUCCUGUGGGCAUCGCAGCACGGACAAGCAGACGUCCUCAAGUGGUGGGACGCAUCGGGUAUACCUGUCGCUCAUGGCGAUGCCGUGACCAAGGUCGCUUCCCGCUGGGGCCAAGUCCAAGUCCUCGAGACUUGGCGCCGUCUCAAGGGUGACAACAAACUCGUCUUUGAUCCUGAUGUUUUACUCAGUUCGACUAUACACCAGCAUGUCGAUGUGCUGGAGUGGUGGCGCAAGUUUGCACACGGCGAGCUGGAAGGCAUGGAAGGGAGAAAGCAGCUCGUUGAGUUCCGGACGUUCAACAUUGAAGAAGCCUUGGAGGAUAGCAUCGGCGAUGCGGACCAAAACAGGGCCAGGAAAUGGUGGGCACAGUACGGAUUGGAUUUAGGCAUGAGGAAUGAGGAAUGGCUUCAAACGAGGUACCUGUAA